AUUAAUAAAAAUUUUGUUUGAAAUAACUAAUCUACUAAUUUACUAUUCUUCGAAAUUAUAGUCACCUGUGUCCCAUGUACGGAGAAUAGUAGAUUAGAGGAUUAGAAGAAGCCAAUCGUCGUUAGUGUUACACUCCGAACAAUCGGAAAAAUCGAUUCUUAUUGGCUGUCUUACUAAUCUACUGUUACUAAUCAACCACAUGGGACAUAGAGCUUUGAAAUUUGGUAGAAUAGUGGAUUAGUGGAAUAAAUACCUGCUGAUCUAAAAAAUUUCUUUGAUUUCUUUAUCUAUUUUUGAGAAAAUAUUGUAUAUAUUUAGGAUUUAGUGUAAUGAUAAUAUCACUGAUUAUUUAAAACAAAAAUAACUUUCAAUGACAUAAAGAACAUUAAUUGUUAUUAAUAUCUGAAUUUAAUACUAUAAGUUUAUUGAAGGUGAUUUAAUAUGGACCUGAAAAUUCAACUCAGAAUAAUACAACUACUUAUUAUAAAAUAUAAUAAAAAAGAGACAGUUUCUUGGCGUAGAGAAUUAUUACGAAGUAAAAUAAUUAGUCUCUGGAAAUUAUAUUUAAUUAGGAAACAAAUUGUACGUAGAGAAGAGCAAGUUUCUGUGCAAAGAAGAUUCUGGGUGCGCCCUAUUUUUACAGUAGAUAAAAGGAUUGAACAAGGUUUUAGUAAUAAUUUGAUAAAAGAAAUGUUAUCUAACGACCACGAGAAAUACUUCACAUUCUUUCGCGUUGUUCCUGCUGUAUUUGAUCAACUGUAUGAGCGUAUUGGACCUCUAAUUGAGAAGGCAACAGUAUUUCGUGAACCUAUAAGCGCAAAAACUCGUUUGGAAAUCACAUUACGUUUCUUAGCAUCAGGAGAUUCUAUGGUGUCUCUUUCAUACGCUUUUAGAGUAGCACAUAAUACUAUUUCCAAAAUUAUUUCUGAAACGUGCCAAAAAAUUUACGAAUGUCUAAAGGAUGAUUACCUCCUUAAACCUUCUGAGCAAAAUUGGAAAGACAUCAUUGAAGAUUUCAAAACAAUCUGGAACUUUGAUCACUGCAUGGGAGCUAUUGACGGAAAGCAGGUUCAAAUAAGGGCUCCAUAUAAUACCGGUUCAUUGUACUACAACUACAAACAUGAUUUUGCAAUAAAUUUAAUGGCGAUUUGUGACGCCAAAGCUCGGUUUCUCAUAGUGGACGUAGGAGGUGAAGGAAGGCGAAGUGAUUCCGGUGUUUUAAGAAGCAGUGAAUUUUUUAAAAGACUCAUAAACAACAAUCUUCACAUUCCACCUGCAGAACCUCUAGGAGAAAAUGGACCAAUUGCGCCAAAUGUUUUCGUGGCAGAUGAGGGAUUAUGUGGAUUUACGAGUGUCUUGACGCCUUAUGCUAGGAGUGGUGAUUUAAACAACAUGAUGAAAGUUUUCAAUUAUAGACUUAGUCGUGCCAGGCGUAUUGUAGAAUGUGCGUUCGGAAUUUUGGUCGCGCGAUGGAGAGUAUUCGCUAGAAAAAUUAUUGCUUCAGUUUCAACAACGAAAAAAAUUAUAUUAGCAGCAAUAGUAUUACACAACUUUAUACUAAGCCUUGAAGAGAAUGAACCUGAGAAUAGAAGACCGUAUCAGACACUAAGUGAAGAAGACCGACAAUUAUCGGCAGAUGCUUUAAUAGAAAUUCCUAUGGAGAACGGGUUAAUUGAUCAAAAUGAUCCUAGCAUCGCCAGAGAAACAUUCGCACAGUAUUUCUAUAAUGAAGGCGCUGUUGAAUGGCAGUGGGAGAAGGUCCUACAAAACAAUUUUUAAAUUGAAAGCGACAUAUUGUGAUACAAAACCAUUAAAAAUAUUUUAUUAAUACAAAACGUUUCAACUUAAGCGCAUUCAAAUUAAUGUGUACAUAAUUAUGAAUCACGUUUCUUGUUAAAUAAAUAUAUAAUAUAAAUAUUAUAAUAAGUAAUCAUAAACUUUGUCAGUACAUGAGUGCAAUAAUAAAGUAUGACUUAAACGUUUAAAAAUAUAAAACAGAACUUAAUAAUAAAACAAGAUAAGUUGCAAUACUGAUUUGCAUAUUUAUAUAAUCAUAUUAUCACAAUUACGUAUUAUAAAAUAAUUUAUCCUUGUUAACGCUUUAAUAUUAUAAUAGAAUUUGACAUUAAUAUUUAUAAACUGGAAACAGUAUUUCAUACUGAAACAAGAUAAGUUAUUUUUAUAUAUCUUAUAAAUACAUUAUCAUAAUAAUUUUUUUCUAUUUUAUAACUCAUAUUUGGUAGUAUUUGGUGCAAUUAUAAUAAUAUGACAAAAAAAGUUAAACUACUGAUUUCCUUAUGUUUCAAAACUAAUUUAUCACCAAGUAAUUUUUUUCUAUUUUAUAACUCAUAUUUGGUAGUAUUUGGUGCAAUUAUAAUAAUAUGACAAAAAAAGUUAAACUACUGAUUUCCUUAUGUUUCAAAACUAAUUUAUCACCAAGAAUACCCUAGUUUCCAAUCAUUACUAUUUCAACAUUUUUAAUUGAGGCCUUGGAUCCAAUAACUCGCCCGAC